CCAGUAUGCGCUGUGUGUGACCACCAGUUCUCCAUCUCCUCCACUAUUCGGCCUGUAUAUGAGCGGAUCACGAGAGAGAGCCGCAUACGCUAAUGUAGCCGACACAGAGGGUCUCAUGGAGCUUGUCAAAGCGGCAGUGUUUUAUUUGUCUUUUCGUUCACAAUGCACUUUAGGAUUUCAAUAAGAUGUAUGUGUGUUUUGAGAUAGUGACUUUUCUUCUCGCCUUCAACUUCUACGAUUUGGUUCUUACUCAGGAUUCGUCCUGCUGCCACCAUGCUGCGGAACUCACACCAUGUAGGGAAGCCUGCGAUCAGCUCGCCACCAUAAAAAGCGAAUCUCGUUUGAAGCACCUACUACAGCGAUUACCAAGCUACUGCCCUGAGUCUAUGAAUGAGCUUUGGAUUUGCAUCAACUCCACACUACCUGGAGCGUCCAGGAAGUCCGAUGGUUGGGUUGGCCUUGGCUGCUGUGAGCUGGCCAUCUCGGCAGAGUGCCGCAGAGAGUGCAAGCAGGCAUCAUCCAAGAACGACAUCACAAAAAUAUGCAAAAAAGACACAGAGAAACCACUCUACAGCUGUAUCAUCAAAAAUGAGAUGGGCUCGGUGUGCUGCAGCUACGCAGGGAGACACACCAACUGCAGAGAGUACUGCCAGGCUAUCUUCCGGACAGACUCCUCCCCCACCGUCUCUCAAAUCAAAGCUGUCAAGGAAUACUGCCAGAGCAUCAGCCCAGAGCUCAUUGGCUGUGUGGGCAACUACACCAAGUCUUACCCUAUUAGAAGCCCCAUAGACAGCCUGUACUGCUGCGACCGGGCAGAUGAGCCCCACUGCCAGGUGGCAUGCCGGCGUAUCCUUCGCACCAUGACCACGGAGCAUGAGAUCAUGGAGGGCCUGAUAGAUGAGUGCGGCAGCCAGCCACUGCCCCAGGACCCGCUGUGGCAGUGCUUUCUGGGCAGCGCCCACCCCCCAACCAAGAGCGAGACGGAGACCUCCCCCACCGCCAAGAUGGACGGCGCCAAGCUGCACUGCUGCUCCAAAGCCAAUACCUCAUUAUGCAGGGAUAUGUGUCAGGAGAUCAGCACCAACUGGGGCACUCAGACAUGGCAGGAGUUUGACCAGAUGUGCGAAUACAACCCCGUGGAGACGGAUCUGAUCACCUGUUUGGCCGACGUCAGGGAGCCCUGCCAGCUCGGCUGUAAGGACCUGGCCUACUGCACCAACUUCAACAACAGGCCCACUGAGCUGUUCCGUAGCUGUAACAUCCAAUCAGACCAGGGCGCCAUGAACGACAUCAAGCUGUGGUCCAAUGGGACGAUCAAGAUGCCCUUUAUGAACAUCCCCGUCCUGGACAUCAGGAAGUGUCGUCCGGAGAUGUGGAAGGCUGUGGCCUGCGCCCUGCAGAUCAAACCCUGCUACAGCAAGUCCCGCGGCAGCGUCAUCUGCAAGUCGGACUGUGUAGACAUCCUGACACAGUGUGGUGACCACAAACGCUUCCACGAGGGACAGACAGCCGAGCGCAUCUGUGAGAUCCUGUCUCCCAUAGAUGACCCUGAACGCUGCAUCCCCCUGGAGAGAUAUCUCACUCCUAGCUCCCUGGGUAACAUCAUUGAGGAGGUCAUCCACCCCUGUAAUCCCAACCCCUGUCUCAGCAACCACCUGUGUGAGGUGAACAGGAAGGGCUGUCAGCCAGGACAGGACUGCCUGCCCUACUUCUGUGUGCCUGGCUGUAAACUGGGCGAAGCCUCAGAGUUCCUGGUCCACCUGGAAGCCCGUAUCCAGGUGCCCAUGCGUAAUGGGCAGGCGGGUUGCUUCGAGGUGUGUACCUGUGGCCAGAGUGGAAGGCUGGAGAACUGUGCUGAGAUGCCCUGCAUAGACACCUCCAAGACUUGCAUUGUUGGGGGACAAAGAAAAAACCAUGGGACGUCCUUCAGGGUAGACUGCCACCCCUGUUCCUGCUUCGCUGGAGAGACCAUCUGCUCCACCCGCCAGUGCCUCAGCGCCGACAGCUCAGACGAGGACCGCCGCCGCUUCACUGGGCUCCCAUGUGGCUGCCCUGACCGCUUCGUGCCAGUGUGUGCCCGUAAUGGCCGCACCUACCCCAGUGCCUGUGUGGCCCGCUGCAUGGGCUUCAAAGACAACCAGUUUGUGUUUGGCCACUGCCGCAGCAGCGACCCCUGUUCCCCCAACCCCUGCCAGAAGAACCAGAGGUGUAUUCCCAGCCGUAGAGUGUGCCUUACAGACAUGGUUGACUACCACUGUCCCCAGUAUGAGUGUGUUGGUCGUCCCUCCAGCUGUGGCAAGAUUCACAUGGACCUGGCCUGCGACACAGACAACGUGGAGCACCCCAACCUCUGUCAGCUCCUCCAGAUGGACAAGACCCUGGCCUAUAUGGGCCACUGUCAGGAUGCCUGUAAAAAGGCGCGGCCUGUGUGCGGCCACAACGGCGAGACGUACAACACAGUGUGCGAGGCCUACUCGGACCGCGUUGCCGUGGACUAUCAGGGGCGGUGCCACGCCGUGGGGGCGGUGGCAGAGUUUGCCUCUGACUCAGGCUGUGACAUGAUCCCCUGCCCCGCCCUGUCCACCCCGGGUUGCAUCCCUGUCACACCACCCGGUGCAUGCUGUCCUCUGUGUGCGGGCAUGCUGCAGAUCCUGUGGAACAAGGAGCAGAUUAACAACUUUGCUAAGUUGAACAGGAAGCAGCCAGUGACGGUCCAUGACAUCCUGAGGAUCCUGCGUCUCCACAUCUCCGUGCCGCAGUGUGACAUCUUCGGCUACCUGAGCAUCGACUCAGAGAUCAUCGUCCUCAUCGUCCCAGUGGACCAGCAACCCACCCCACUGCAGAUUGAAGCCUGCAGCAUGGAGGCGGAGAAGAUUGACUCGCUCAUCAACUACGGCAGCCCCACCCUGGUCUCGCAUGUUCCUCUGUCUGCCUUCCUCACCUCCGAGGUCUCCAUCUCCACCAUCAGGUCCGCAGGCCACGCCAGCUCAACGCCCUCCUCCCUGCCCAUCUUCUUCUGCCUCGCCCUGGGCCUCCUUCUCACUUUAGCACCAGGCCUAUCCGAGGCCAAGCUAGCCUCUGCUAGCCAGCCAGGCCCCGCUGGCAGGAGGCUGGGUGUGUUGUGGAGUAUUCUGACCCCUUCUCGGGUCAUUGCCUGACAGGAAGCAUCAGCCUGUAAAAGCCUUGACAAUCAAUCCCAUUAACUCUACUGCACCAGCGUCAACACAAUCAUGGACGAGAAGCUAUGAGAAGAAUCCUAAUUGAACGAGAUAAGCGGAGACACAAUCACAUUCCAGCUUUGGUUCCACAGAGCUCUAUAUAUAUAUCGUUAUAAGGAAGAUGAGUUUUAUCACACAGGGUUUUGUAUCCGUUUUAUUCUGCAACAGAAGCUCUCUCCUCCUCUAAAGCUGUGGAGUGGGGAGUUUGUGUGGGUUUUUGCCUGCGUGCUUGUGUUUAUGCGUAUGUGUACGCACACGUGUGUGUGCGUGACACAGAGAGAGAGAGAGAGGAACCAGGUGGUUAAGUCUCAGAGGGGGAGUCAGGUCUAGAUGUCAGACAGGUGCGCUCCCAAACACUGACAUUUGUCCCAGAUAAUCUCAGGGGUGUAAUUACCCUCCUCCGCCUCCUCCCCCUCUCCUCCCCUUUCUCCCACUCCUGUUUUACAUUUGUACUAUUGUAAAUAAAGAGCGAGUGGGGAGGUGCUGACUGAGACAGUAAUACUGGAACGUGAAACAGGUCAAAGGCAAGCAAGCAUUCCCGCUCCGUAGGCUGAAAGACACACAAAAGGGAUUCUCGUUGUUCCUCUAGUGUAGAUAAAAUAUCAAAUAAGGAGGAACGACAGCCAUGUUUUUAAUGAAAAUGCCAAUCAUCACUUUACCCAUGAUGCACAUGGGUAGGAACAAAAAAAAUAGCAACAACAUGCUUUGCAUAUAGUUCCUAUGUGAAAUAAAUGCAAUAACUUUAUAAUGUUGAUAAUAAUUAUUCCGAAACUAUUCCGAAAUGUUCUAUAUUUCAAAUAAGAAAUGGAUCGAGAUGUGAUUCAAUAUGUGCCAUUUUCUAAAUGUUUUAUUCUUGCAUGAUGACAAUUAUGAAGUGUUUUUACUCCAGAAUGUAUUGUACUAUGUUUGUCCUGUCCCCACGUUUGAUUUGAUGUUGUCUCUAUGCCUACGCAACACGAAGUGUCCCCGUUUUCUACAGUAUUAUCGUGCUAGGCAGCUUUGUAGCAGCAAACCCUUCAAGGGUCCUUGUAGUAUUGUAUCUGUUUCCGAGGGAUUUAAACUCAGUUUUUUGUUGUUUUUAUGUUAUCAAGUGUUCAUAUUGCCAAUGUUUAGAAAGAGUAUAGCUGUAGGCACUUAAGCAUUAUGUUAAUCAUCACUGUAUUGCAUCAUUGUCUCGGUGGAGAUGGCAGUACUUGCAGUGUGUUUGUAAAAUGCCAACAGAAUGCAUAUUUUAUAAAAUAUAAAGUCCUACAAUCAAACAGAAGGUUGUUUGUUGUUGUACAUUUCAUCAUCUUAACUCCUUAGGAAGAAUAAUUGAAGUUUUAAAGAUUCCACAUUGAAGCAGAAGUGACAAAUAAAAUAUAUUUUAUCAAUCCAGCCACAUUAA